AUGGAUUCUCAUAAAUAUCUGGAUCAUUUGAAACAUUCUUUACUUGAUGCUUGCAUCAAAGCUGGUUGGAAUCUUCAUGGUAACAUCAAGCACGUAGCUCUUGUGAGUGCAAAAACUGGAUACGGAAUUGAAAACCUCGUAUCUAAGUUGUUCACUGAUUGGAAUCGUUGUGGUGAUAUAUAUCUAGUUGGAUGUACAAAUGUUGGCAAAUCAUCUCUUUUCAAUGUUUUGUUACAAUCUGACCUUUGCAAAAGUAAUAUUCGUGAUUUAUUUGAACGAGCAACUGUAUCCAUCUGGCCUGGAACUACAAUGAACCUUCUAAAAUUUCCUUUACUUCAACCUACACCUGAACGGAUGUAUAAAAGGAAAAAGAGAUUAUUGGAAGACAAAGAAGAAUUUGAAUUAUGGGAGAAAAAACGACGUCAAUAUUUAGAUCUUGUUGGAUUAAGUAAAAAUGCAGUCUUGAAAGGUUUUGUUGGUCAGACACAAUUUUCAGAAAAUGAAACAUCUUUUGAAGGGCAUCUUGAUGUUUCCUAUGCCUUCGAUCCUGCAAAUUCUGUAAUAGAAAAAGCAACAAAGAAAACCAAGGUCUUGAAACGUAAACAGUUACUAAAAAUGGCUCCUAAUCUGGCAAAUUGUCACUGGUUUUAUGAUACUCCAGGUAUUAUGAAUCCUGAACAGAUUAUAAAUUUUUUAGAGCCAAAAGAAUUGCAGAUUCUUACACCUAAUGAAAUGUUACGGCCUCGAACAGUCAAACUAAAAUCAACUCAAGUCAUGUACAUCACUGGACUUGCUUGUAUUGAAUAUGUAAAGGGGGACAUGCAUGUGCUGGUCACAGUUAUUACCAAUCUGGAUAACCCUAUUCAUGUUCUGGAAGCCACUGAAUCUCAAAGUUUUUUCAAAGAGAAUAUUGGAACAGAUGUCCUUAAGGUUCCUUUAGGGGGUAAAGAUCGACUGGAUAAACUACCACCUUUAGUUAGUAAAGAAUUUAAUUUGCUUGGCACUGGAUUUAAAUAUACUAUUUGUGACAUAGUAUUAUCUUCUGUUGGUUGGAUUGGAGUUAGUGCAAAGGCAGGUAGUGAGAUUGUUGUCCGAGCUUAUACACCUGGUGGAUAUGGAUGCCAUUUGAGACCUCCCUUGUUACCUGAAGCUGUCAACCUUAAAAAAAGAUCUAUUAAAAAUUCACCAUUCUAUCUAAUGAAAAAGCCAAUGUCUAUGUGGACACCCCCUUCAUCGGAUACUUAG